AUGACCGACAAGUCAUUCUUCUCUCAGAAGCCACACGGACCUGUUCGUCGCGGUUCACCUGAGUGGGUGGACGGUUUCAGAUUCCGUUCUCACCUCCGCGGCUCCCGUGCUCGCAAUGCCAUUUUCAACUGGAAGGACUCGCGUUACCUAACCAACAAGGGCGAGGGCGUCACAGAGACCAUGGAGAAAAACUACAUCGUCUUCGCCCGCCUUCUCGUAUAUCUGAAGGAUUUCCGCGACAUGCCGAAUAUAAAGACUGUGAUAAGCCAAUUCCUGGUGUGGGAAGGCUCUAUCGUGUCUCUCCUGCAUAGCUAUCUCGAUAAAGCCCGCGCUUCUUACCUGCGCGAUUGUCCAAACAGAGAGGACGACGCGAACAUGUCGCCAAAUGCCAGGAUCUUGUGCGAUCUCAUUGACGAGUACCGAGCGACUUGGCCAGUGAAGAGCCGAAUCAUCACACGCAACCGCAGGAUGCUUUACAAUGCUGCGUUGGAGAAUCUCAACUACAUAGUGCACCCAAAUUUGAAGAGGCUCCUCGUCGAGUCCCCGCCCAACCCAAUUCUUCACACUGCUAUCCCCAUUAUUGUCGACUGGGACCUUCCUCGCGAGCGAGGUAUGACUACAGAGGAGGCUUUAGUGGUCUGCAAGCGCUUGGACGAGGAACUGUACGACGACUAUGCGCAUACUCGGUCCUUGUGGCCUGAAAAGGACGGCGAGAAGCCCUUCGAGCAUUGGAAGGAUGAGAAAUCGAAGAAGUCCUCUAACGACGGGAUUCAAAGACCUUUGGAGUACAGAUUGCGCAAAUGA